CACCACCUGUCGUGGACCAUCGCUGCUUCACGCCUCUGCCACGCAACACGUAGGCCUUUUGUGAAGCCCAUAUUCACCUUGGAGAGCUUAUUCUUCCUCCUAGACAGCAAUUAUAUCUUGAUCCGACUCCCUCUUCACGACUUCUUAUAUACCAUUAUCGUCUAGCCGCACCCAGCUUUCCUUUAUCCAGCAACAAGCUCACAAGCCUCGACUUAUUAUUGCUAGACUUCCGCAAGCAACUCUCUUUGUUUUCCUUGCACACGGGAUUGCGAGCAAGCAACAAGCAUGGCGGAGACAAACUCAAGCGAUGCUCUCCUCAAAGACAUCUUGGACGGCAUGAAUGCCCUGCGCAAGGAGAACGCCCAGCUCGCAACCGCAAUAGACGCUAUCAACGGCCGAGUGAAUAUGCUCGCAGGAGUCAAGCAGCUCCAGGACGACGCCGUCAAUGGCACCGCCAAAGACGCCUCCUCUUCCUCCAGCAAGGAGAGGGCGAAGGAGGAAGCCGAGGCCCAGAAGUCCGUCGAAGCCGUCAGCCAGCAGUACGAGGCACCGCCUACCAAUGUAGAAGCUCCCCCUCGCCGUGCAAGCGUUUCGAAAACGUCAAAGAUCAUUUUGACGUCCUAUCCCGGGCAGGCAGGUGUGGAUCCUCUGCCCAUGGAUUGGGGCCAUAGAGACCCCGCCAUCAGAGGCCCUGUGGUUGUGUCUAGACAUCCAAGCACUAUCCGUAGACGUAAUGCUAUCGGCGCACAUGGCGGUUCAUAUAGCAUAUACCACGCCCUCGCCGUCGCCAGCAAGAACCUCGACGUGGAUCAUAAACCGGACUUCACCAAUACCGAACCUGCUGCGAACAUUGGGCCCUUCCCGCAAUGGAGCGACAGGAAGAAGAUUGUGGCCAUGGAUCCUUUUGGCCAUCUGGCUCCGUGGCUCUACAAGGACAUUAUCGACAAGCAGAACAUCGAGAUUAGACCCACGAUUGCGAUUACCCGAGCGCACAUGAAGCUGCCCGAGCUGGAAGCAAGUGUCCGAGAAGGGCGCCUUGCCCCUGAUGGGAGGAUAUGCCUGAAUGAGACUGGCGAAUUGGCAGUAACGAAGAUCGCCGUGGAGCCUGUAUGGUAUCUACCCGGUGUUGCUGAGAGGUUUGGCAUCGAUGAGGGAACGCUGAGACGGACUUUAUUCGAAGAGACAGGCGGCUCAUAUCCCGAACUCAUCACGCGCUCCGACAUCAAACUCUUCCUUCCCCCUAUCGGUGGCCUGACCGUAUACAUCUUCGGCGACCCCGCCAAGAUGGCGGAUCCGAACGUCCGGCUCGCCCUCCGCGUGCACGACGAAUGCAACGGUAGCGAUGUCUUCGGCUCCGACAUCUGCACGUGCCGACCCUACCUCAUCUUCGGCGUCGAGGAGGCAGUCAAAGAGGCUCAAAAGGGCGGUAGCGGCGUUGUCAUCUACUUCCGCAAGGAAGGCAGGGCCCUCGGCGAGGUGACCAAGUAUCUUGUGUAUAAUGCGCGGAAGCGGAGCGAGGAUCGAGCGAGCGAGUACUUCAAGCGUACGGAGAACAUUGCCGGUGUGAAGGACAUGCGGUUCCAAGCGCUGAUGCCUGACAUUCUCCAUUGGUUAGGCAUCACCAAAAUCGACCGCAUGCUCAGCAUGUCCAACAUGAAGCACGACGCUAUCGUCGAACAGGGCAUUCCGAUCCUAGAACGUGUACCCAUCCCCGACGACAUGAUUCCGGCAGAUAGUCGCGUGGAAAUUGACGCUAAGAUCCAGGCUGGUUACUUUACGACAGGUAAAGUGAUGACGGUGGAGGAGUUGGCGAACGUCAAAGGCCGUGGUUGGGAGGACAUUGACCAUUGAGCGGUUGCGUUUAUUGCAGCGUUGUUGGCGACCUGGGAGAUCUUGCUGGUGGGCGCUCAUGGUCAUGUGGACGCAACUGUGUUUCUACGUGGCGCUUGUUGUGUAGUCGCCUGGAGCGUGUUUCCACGCAGUUGGUCCAACUUGGUAAUCCGCUCGGGAAGAAAGGCUGUUCGUGGGCACGGUCAGUUUUGGCCCUUCUCGUCUCCUCUGACAGGUUGCAUGAUUUGCAGUACACCAGCGUCGGUUGGUUGAUCUAUGUGUCUUUCUGCUGAGAAGCGACUAUUUGAUUAUACAGUGGAAUGAAUAGACCAAUGUCAAUGAAAGGCAAAAAACAACUCCAUG